UGGCUGUUGUGGGAGUCCCCGGCUCAGCUAUGGGGCAGAAAGUGGUGCCGCUUCGGGAGGCGUGCCGCGAAGGAGAGGUGUUUCCUUUGGUUUGCCCAAACUCUCAUCAUGUAUGGUGUCAAAUCCUCAACGUUUCAGAGCUUCAAGCUUCUUUCUUUGCCUAUUCUGGGAAGUACUCCAACGAAACAACACUGAGUGUUUCUACUCCCAUGGGAAGCAAAUACAGUUUAUAUGUAGGUGUGGCCUUGGCCAUAGGCUCCAGUAUCUUUGUUGGUUCUAGCUUUAUAUUGAAAAAAAAAGGCCUUCUGCAAUUAGCUGAAAAAGGAUGCACUAGAGCUGGACAGGGUGGGUAUUCUUACCUGAAGGAAUGGUUAUGGUGGGCAGGGCUGCUUUCAAUGGGAAUUGGAGAAGCAGCAAACUUUGCUGCAUAUGCCUUUGCUCCAGCAACCUUGGUAACCCCCUUGGGUGCGCUAAGUGUUCUUAUAAGUGCAAUAUUAUCUUCCUAUUUUUUGGAUGAAAAGCUCAAUAUUCAUGGGAAGCUGGGAUGCAUAUUAAGCAUUUUGGGAUCUACUGUGAUGGUAAUUCAUGCUCCUGAAGAGGAGCAAGUCACAUCAUUGGCUGAAAUGGAAAUAAAGCUAAAAGAUCCAGUGUUCAUUGCAUUUGCCGCUAUUAUAAUUGUGAUCUCGCUGGUGCUCAUUUUUGUUGUUGCUCCAAGGCGUGGCCAGACAAAUAUAUUGGUCUACAUCUCCAUUUGUUCAGUAAUUGGUGCAUUCUCAGUUUCCUCCGUCAAAGGACUGGGCAUUGCUAUUAAAGAUAUGCUGUAUCAGAAGCCAGUUUUCCGACAUCCACUGGUUUAUAUUUUGGCAGCCAUCUUGGUUCUGUCCGUUAGUACCCAGAUUAACUACCUCAACAAAUCAUUGGAUGUGUUCAAUACAUCUCUAGUGACGCCCAUUUAUUACGUCUGCUUCACAACUACAGUGGUGAUUUGCUCCGUUAUCCUUUUCAAGGAAUGGAAUAGCCUGGAGCUUGGCGAUAUCAUUGGGACCUUGAGUGGAUUCUUCACCAUAAUUAUUGGCAUUUUCUUUCUGCAUGCUUUUAAAAAUGUCAGCAUCAACUGGAGCCAACUGGCAUCUUCGAUUAAAAAAGAGCCUGUUUUACCUGUCCAUGGUUACGAGGCUCAUCACACUUUACUGGAGAACAUGGAGGCUCCAGCCUUGGCACGUGAUGAGGACAAUACUCUGUUCAGUCAAGGAAUUGAGCAGCGGGACGCCCACCAUUAAGUCAUCCCUAGCUGCCUGAACAGCUAACUUGACAAAAGUUAGCUUAAAAGCAGCAGCAACUUGCAACCACCGACCCAGGAUGGUGCUUAGUGGGAUAGAAAACAGUCACUAAUCUCUGCUUGUGGAACAGGACAGGAAGUAUGUUUACUGGUGAUGUUUCCAUCUAUUCCCCAUAUCGGGCAGCAUAUGAACACCACUGAUAAUUGUGCUGUUUGGAGGACUGCUGUUUUGGCUAAGGAAUACAAUUAUAUGUAAUAUAUUUUCAUAAAUGGCACUUUAUGAUUUUUACUAUAUUAAACAUGCUUUUAUAGGUAAUUUGGUGAAGGUAUUUAUACAUGGGAAAUCAUGACCUUCCCAAAGGCUGACACUUUAGCAUAGUUCCAGUUCUAUAUUGUUCCACCUGGCAAGGUCCAAAAGGAAAAAUAACAAAGUACAUUCUAGCAAAGAACUGUGCAUUCAUCAAAAAUGUGUUUUUCCUAUGUCAGGUAGCAGUGAAUAAUUUUGUUAAUGUUUUGGAUCUAAAGAAAUAGACCCAUUAAAAUAAAUGGGAUUUCAGGUAAUCAUUAUUAAGUCAUCCCAUUGAUUUCAGUGGCUCUGUUCCAAGCAUGGCCUAGUUUGGAUCCAGCUGUGUGUGUGUGUGUGUUUUGUUUUUUCUUUUUACUAGCUUAUUGAAAGUUUAACUUGUAUUAUUUUUCUUACCAGUUCAUUUCUUUGAUCAUUAAAACUAUCCAGAAAACAAACCUUGUACUAUUACUAUUUUCAAAAAUAUAACCCUAAAUUUUCCUAAAUGAGAAUUUAUUCCACUUAUCUCCAUGUAUGCAUUUAAAGUAAAACAAAGUGUGUUCCACGCCUUCUAAAAACAGACUUUCUAGAGGUUACCUUAUGCCCAUCUAAAAUGGAAGGAGAAAAAGGAAAGUAAAUAUUGCAUAUAACUUCCAUUUUGGGGGUGCAAGCCAAUGGCCUUCCAAUAUCGCCCUGUGAAGGCCAUAGGAUUCUGCACAGUCUGAGUGCCAAGAUCCUAUGAUCUUGGAACUAGCACUGAGAAGACUGAGCUCUCACAACUGAUGUGGAAAGAACCAUGGUUGUUGCCCUUUGCUGAACUCACAGCUAGGCUUCGGAGGGGAAAAAGGGGGACUUGCGAGAGGUGGCUGGGUUACAUUUAUACCACUUCCAGUUGAUGCCUCAGCCUCCUCCCCUCCUCAUCCGUAAAUAUAGAUGGCUGAAAAUGGCAUCUAGAGAAAAUGCAGGAUGUGAGGUGUGGUGAUGACAGAGAUUGCUACUGUUGUGCCUUGCACUGGAUAUGCGUAACCCCACCAAGCAUCUGUCAUGGAGGCAAUUGGAUUGUCUCCUUAAAGUAUUGCAUGAGACAGAUGAAGGAUACUGGGACGGAGUAUCGCAUCAUGCAGUCACUGAGUUCUCGAAAGGUUUAAAAAAUAAUCUAGGUACAUGUCAUGAUAAAUCUAUCUCAAACCAGUCUCGUAGAUUUGUAGUAUUUGUCAGAAUUUCUCAUCUUUAAAAUGAUUUACCUGAAUUAAAUAAGAUUUGUGUGCUUUCAUAUAUAUGUAGUCAAUUUUGAAAAAGAUAUUUCAUAGACUCAUUUCCACUAGGUUUUUAAACUUGGUCUGGUAAGCUCCUAAGUCCGUCAAAUAUAUUUUCAAUUUAUUAUAGAUAUUUGUAAGCUUUUUGGAAUAUAGCCCUAUGAUAGCUCAGGCUACAUCGAUUAGUUGAAGCAAAAUAUUUUUGAAGUUUCCUACUUGCUUUUGCACAGAAUUACAUUUGAAUUCUUUAUAAUAGUGAUUCUCUGCAGCUGGUCGGUUGGUUUUGCUAUUUUCUUAUAAUUUUCUUAACUGUUUUGUAAACAGGCAAAUGACUUCAGUCAUUAAAUGUGGGCAUGUUGAACUAGAACUAUCAAGUAUUGAACACUAUUGUAGAAUACCACUGCAUCAAAUAUAGGCUUAUAAAUUUAUAAGCAAAUUAAUCCAUGUUUUUAAAACAAGUAUUGCUUGAAGUUUAGGGUUUUCUUUUCAUAGAAAUUGUUCUCUCUGAAACAUGCAAUAUAUUAGUGGUAAGUGAACAUGGAUGGGCAGCUCCAUUCCCAUGUCCACUAUAUGUUAUGCACACUGUUUCACCAAAUACCAUAAUUACUGGUUUUCUGUGCAUAUUAAAUGCAGCACUUAUUCAGGUUACCAUUUUGGAAGUGUAAUUGUGUUAAAACAAUCUCGCCAUUUAGAGGGACAUCUUGAUUGCCCACUUCUAGUAUAUUUGUCAGCAGUGAUGUGCAGUUUGAAGUGAGCAAACAUUGUACUUAACGCAGAAGCAUAAUUAUGUAUGCAGGAAAAUCCAGGAUUCAUGUCAUCCAGGAAAGAAAUUAUAUAGUUCUGACUAAGCACAUUAUGAUUCAGCAUAUUUGAAUAAUUUAUUUAAUGUUAACUUUGAUGGAUUUUUGAAGCUUGUCCUUUUAACAUGCUCAAAAGGAAUAAAGUAUACAUUGUUUUGAUAAAAUAUAUAAAAAUGUGUGUCUUCCUACUUUUUUAUAGAUAUUAGUAGUAUUUCUGGGGGGUUGGGUUAGUUCUCAUGGUAUAUAUA